ACAACUUCAUUAAAGUAAAACUCAUUCAUUUUAAAACCGUUAUCUUAAUUUGAUGAAGUUAAAAUAAACAAUUCCAAGACUUUACCCAUUAAGGUUCCUCUAUAUGAUGCUAAUUGUCAAUAGCAAUAUCAUAACUUUAAAGUGAUACUAAUUGUCAAUGGCCAUUUCAUUGUUAUGCAAUUCCCUUCAAAUUAAUAGUAUAGAUUUCAGACCUAAGAAGCAGUAUGCAAAAGAAUCGGCCAACACUAGCUUGCCAAGGGGCAAUGGAGUGGCCUUUUGGCUACAUGAAUGGGACAAGCAUGGCACAUGCUUUGAGUCAGUUCUUGACCAACAUGGCUACUUCAAGGCAGCUCUUGACUUGAAGAAGCAAGUAAAUCUCCUCCAGGCUCUUAAGAAUGCAGGUACUGGAGAUCAGUCCCAGCAGCCGCAGCAGCAGCACCAGUAGUGCACUGACAGAGCUCUGACCAGAUCUGUCAUUGUCCACAAUCACAUCACCGGUCUUUUGUAUUUUGGUAGGGCCCAUAUAUAGACUAGUAUUUUGGUUCAUUAUGUUUAG